CCACAGGUUGUUUGCCUAAACCGGUGGCGUAGGGAGCGCGCUGGCUGCGGCCUUGAAACUAUCCCCAAAGGCCAGCGAGGAAAGACGCUCUCUCUCCUCCCCACCCACAAUAAGUUGAACUUUCCCCUGAAGGAAAGAAGGGAGCGCCGGGCUAAUAUCCUCUCUGCUCUUUGCCGUGGGCUCGCGCCUCUCCUCAGGAGAGAGAGAGAGGGGGGAAAAGGCGGUCGGCGUCGUUGUCAGCAGCAGCUGCACAAACAAGGCGAGCGCAGCCAAGCUAUGGCGGCUUCUUCGCCCGCCGCCCCUCAGCGGGCGCUCCCCGCCUCCCAGCAGCUCCGCGGCCUCUUCUACGCCCUCACGCCCAACGAGAGCUCCUUCCGCGCCGUCGAGGAGGUGCCCGAUUACGUGGACAAGGCAACUCCAUGGUUCAUUACCCUGAUUCUUCUAGAGUUUAUUGUUAAGUGGGCUCAGAAGGGAUCAUCAGCUCGGGUCAAUGACAGCAUAGCGUGUCUCUCUGCAGGGGUCCUGUCUCGACUUCCAGAAGCUUUGUCUAGAACCAUUGAACUGGCAAUGUACAUCUAUGUGUGGGACAACUAUAGACUUCUGGAACUGCCAUGGGACUCACCGUGGACAUGGUAUUUGACAUUCCUAGGAGUAGAUUUUGGUUACUACUGGUUCCACCGUAUGGCUCAUGAAAUUAAUUUAUUGUGGGCAGGACACCAAGUUCAUCACAGUUCUGAGGACUAUAAUUUAUUCACAGCAUUAAGGCAAUCCAUCCUGCAGAAGUAUGCAUCUUGGAUAUUCUACUUGCCCAUGGCUCUUUUUAUUCCUCCCUCAGUGUAUGCUGUUCAUCUCCAGUUUAAUCUGCUUUACCAAUUCUGGAUACAUACAGAGGUUAUUAAGAAUCUCGGUCCUUUGGAGUUUCUUCUCAACACACCUAGUCACCACAGAGUACAUCAUGGAAGAAAUCCAUACUGCAUUGAUAAGAACUAUGGUGGCACACUGAUUAUUUGGGACAGAAUUUUUGGGACAUUUGCUGCAGAAAAUGAUAAAGUUGUAUAUGGCCUAACACAUGCAAUAAACAGCUUCGAACCUUUCAAGAUUCAGUUCCAUCAUUGUAUUUAUAUAUGGAAAACAUUUUGGAAUACUCCUGGAUUCUGCAAUAAGCUUUCUGUCCUGUUCAAGGGCCCAGGAUGGGGCCCAGGCAAGCCAAGACUUGGUCUUCUGGAGGACAUCCCAGAGGUUACUGGAAAGGAAGUUCCCUUCAGCCCCACAUUACCAAGCUACCUUUCUGUCUAUGCAGUUACACAUUUCAUCUUAAUGCUGGGAUUUUAUAUUGAUUUGUUUGCUACAAAAUCUACGUUAUCACAGGUAACUAUUCUCAUGAGAGUUGGCUACAUUAUCCUGACACUAACCUCCAUUGGAUUCCUUAUAGAGCAAAGACCUGAAGCUCCCUUCUUGGAAUCUGUCCGCUGUUCCACUUUCCUUGUCCUGCACAAACUUGGUUACUUGAAAACUUACAUUGCACUUCUGUCAAUGACAUAUGAGGUAAGGCAACGUAAUUUAUCAUAUAGUACAUAUAUUUAUUUUAAGAAUAAACUUUAUAUGUUUCUGGACCUCAGAGGUUUGCAAUAUUUAAAAAGUGCUUGCAAGCAUAACAGAGUGUAGUGAGCACCAUGAACCAGAUAUGAUCCUAUUUAUUUUAUUUUAUAUCCCACCUUUCUUCUGGUGCAGGCUCAAGCCAGCUCACAACAUAAUUUAAAGCAGCUACAACUAAAAACACAACACAUACAAAGGUUAAAAAAAGUAAGUAACCGCAUUGAAAACACUUUAAACCAUUUAAAAGCACACACAUACAGGCACACAAAAGCACCAAACCCACCCUCUGAAGACACUUCCACAACAGCCAGUUAGUAGCCAAAUGCCUGUUGGGUGUUGCGGGGGGGGAGCCUUUGCCUGAUGACAAAGGGAGAACGGAGAGAGACCCAGGCUGGCCUCCCAAGAAAGAGGGUUCCACCAAAUGUGUCCUCACCAAAUGUGUCUAAAGGUGGCAGGAUGGAGAGAAAGGCCUUGUCAGAAUACAGCAGUUGUAUUUUGCUUUGGCUUUAGCAGUAAGCACUCAAAUGGUGUACAGAUAACACUACUUACGAGAUUUGUAUGCAAUACGAUAGAGUCAUAAUUGCUCACGGUACAUGUUGAUCUUUUUCAACCUGCUGAUUGAUUUUGUUGGUUUGUAUGAUAACGCUUCAAAAAUACAUUUGACCACACAUCAUUUGCAAGACAGGAAAGCUGAUUGUGUAGCUUGGACAGUAAUGAUUUUUAUCAUUCAAAUAUUAGUAUCAUCUGUGUAUAUAUGCUAUUCUGUAGCCUUACUCAUCUCUGUAGUAGGAAAGACUUUCAUACCCUGGGUAUUGGUUGGGAUGUACAGCUGUGCUCUCCUGUCAAAUGUAAGAACUGCAAGCCACUCCAUAGCCAAGCCUACUCCCAUGCUGUAUAAGAUGUUGGAGGAAGGAAGUGAAGGAAGGAAGCUCCCAUGAAGCUUCAUGAUAAAAAGCCUUGUCAGCACACCUAGAUCUAAAUAAAUUCAAGUUGAGCUUGUAAUAUUAAUUCUCUCUGUUAUCUUUGCUAAAGAGAAAAUCCAGCCAUUGUGGACUAGUAAGAUGGACUUUCUUGACAAGACAAGAGCCCUGGGGGUAAUAAUGCCCCUUGGAGAAAAGAAAUCAUAGUUGAACCUUACAUUCAGUAGAUUAAGUUAGUUUCCACUUAGGUGUGACAGAGUCAUUACUGACUUUAGCCUUAGCUGGUGUGUGAGCUGGCUUCACCACCAUCAACUAAAGAUGAUGAUGUAUGGUUCCAGAUGCUCUGGCCAAUUGACCGUAAAAUUGCUCUGCAUUUCUGGCAGGGCAGCCAAGUUAGAGCUUUUAAAAUCUCCAUGCCUGAAGCUCAGCGCCCACUGUUUGGAAGCUGCUCAUUAUUCUUCUCCUGCCCCCGAUCUGAGCAAAAGAGAGACUUCUGGAAUCAAUUAGAAAUGUCUGCCCUUGAUGAGAUUUGCACGUGAGUUUGGAAUUGUGAGGCUUUGAUAGUGUCAGCCAACAGCUGCAGUUUCAGGUGGUAAAAUCAAGAGAAGAAUUUUUUACAGGGCUUAAUUACAAUCACUAUAUAUUUAUAACUAGUUGAGGGACACUAAAAAAAAGUCAAGUUUGAAACUGUCAAGCAUAUUGUUGAAGAUGAGACUUCAUUACUUCCAUCACAGGAAAGUAAACAAAAUGUUUGUUGGAAACUUGUGGUUGUAAGACUGUGUUGUGGCUGCAAGAAACUGGAAAUGAUGUUUUCUGCAGUUCUUGCUGAAAAAGAAACAUCUGGCAGUAUUUAUGUCAUUCCUAUUUGACAAGUUGAGGCAAUAAUAAGCGGUGAUACACAUUUGUGUACAAGUGUAAAGUACAGUCUUUCUCAGAUAAAUAUAAUCGGAAAGUAACCCUUUCCCAUCCAAGAAUCUAUGUAUUAAAUGUAAAUAUUUUAAACAUGUUAUAUUUACAGGGUUGUAUCCAAUGCUGUCCAUGUACUCCUCCUGCAGAACCCUUCAUCCCCUCAAAAUUUGCUCUGGAGGGUAGGGAACCUGCUGGAGCAGAUUUUGCAGUGUGUGUUGGGGGCUGCAGGGGGAAGGACCAGAAAGUUGAAGUUCUGUUGCUUGGGUGGAAGCCCACUUGCGCAAUGUUGAAUUUUGCCCACAGUAAGUAACAAUUCAUAGAAGCUGUUACUAAUCAUCUUGAUUAUAUUUACCUUUGUCUUCUAUUGUGCUUGCAUUUACUAAAAUAAAAAGGAAAUUAUAUCUGUAUUUUGGAAUACAUUUUUCAUCUAUUUAAAAUAUGCAAUCUUGACUUUGCUCAAGUGGUGCUUUCAUGUCCUGAAAAAUUAACACCCACACUUCACAUAACAUUUUUAACUAGUAGUGAAAAUUCUGCAAAUAUGAUCUGAUUGUCAGAUAACAACUGCAUUUAUUAGGCAAGAGCUUUAUAUUUGCCCUGGUGGGUGGCCACCUUCUGUCUUAAAUAGAAUGGAACCAAACUUCUGUAUAAUUGUUUUAACUUCUAUCCUUCUUACCAGCUGAAAACAAAAUGUUUUUCUAAAAUAAUAAUAAUAAAAAAUCACUGAAGCAAGCUAGUUAAGUUUCACCGAAUGUCUAUCUCAGGCACCCCCAAACUUCUGCCCUCCAGAUGUUUUGGACUACAAUUUCCAUCAUCCAUGACCACUGGUCCUGUCAGCUAGGGAUCAUGGGAGUUGUAGGCCAAAACAUCUGAAGGGCCGCAGUUUGGGGAUGCCUGGUCUAUCUGAACAACAACUAGAAAAAUAUGGUGCUCAUUCAAGAAGGCUAGCAGGGAUGGUUUUUUGUUGUGGGGACCACUACAGAAAAGACAAUGCUUCUCAACUGCAGUUUUUCCUUCUGUGGAGAAAAGGAUUGGGUAUUUUUAUCUGCAGCUUAAAUUCACUGUAUUUUUACAUAUGACUGUGGUACCCAUUACAAAUGACAGGCAUGGGAGGUUCAUACCCAAGGGUCUUAUAAUCUAAAAUAGACACAGGUAAGCAACUGGUGGAUGUGUGUGCGAGAGAGGGGAGAGGGAGAGGAAGGUAUGGGUAGUCCAGGGAAUAAUAUAUACUUAUUUUAAUUGCAUGUGUUUUGCUUUGUACAAUAAGAUAUAGGGACCAGCAGUUUCUCAAGUUCAUGCUGAAUAAAGGAGA